AUGGUCAUCCGAGCGGUUCCGGGAGCAUUGAAAUGGGAAACCCGCACCCAGCUAGGCACCGCCAUCCAUAUCGCUGCAUACCGGGACAUCGCCAUUGGCAUCAGCCGCCAAUUUUUGCGGCCGUCCACCGCGUUCCCCCAUAAUAUCCAGGAGGCCAAGCCGGCCCCAGCUGCCAUGGAUGCUGAUGCCGAGGAGGGCAUGGAUAUUGAGCAGUGGAUAGGCCAUAUUGCUGAUUUACAGGCCACCCAUUCAUCACACAUUGCUGGUAUGUUUUUAGGGUUUAGCGCCCCGGGCCACCCAUCCAUAUUAGGCAAGCGCAAACAGGCCCCGUGGGAGGAUGAGGCCAAGGUCAGCCGCAUGGAACGCCGCCACCAGCUAGCCACCAUGGAUCUGGAGGCUGCCGCGCAGCGCAUGACCAGGCGGCCCGACAUGCAGUUCCAGGGGGUGCAGGACCCGGCGAUGCGGGCCAUCCAGCGGGGUGAGAGCCCUGUGGUGGCAGUGAUGCCCACUGGUGGGGGGAAGAGCAUGCUGUUCAUGGUGCCCGCAUUCACCGCCCCCAGGGGCAUCACCAUUGUUAUGGCGCUGCCAGGAGCUUGGCAUAUUGUGUGUGCCAUGGGAGAGCCGGCGGCCCCUAAUGCCGCAUCCAUUGUGUUGGUGAUGCCUGAAUCCGCGGUGAGCCCCGAUUUCCAGACGUUUUUGAACUGGCUGCGGUGGACCCGGUGGUUGGACUGGAUCAUGAUUGAUGAAUGCCAUGUGGUGUUGAAUUCCCAGCAUGAUUUCCGGCCCCAGAUGGCUCAGCUGGGCUGGUUGGUCCAGGCCCGCACCCAGAUGGUGUGGUGGCCAGACAUGACUGGGGUGGGCCGGGGCCCAUAUCAGUGGAUUAAGAGUGAGGCGGUGGUGGCAUUCAUUCAGGACUGCAUCCGACGGGCCGCUGGGGGGAAGGUCAUCAUAUAUGCGAAUAUCAUUGGGCAGGUGACGGCCAUGGCGUGGGUGCUUGGGUGUGAGGCGUAUUACAGUGAGCAGUUAGACAAGGCUGGGGUGCUGGUGUGGUUCAUGGGGGCCAGCCCCGUGAUCACCACCACCAGCGCGUUAGGCAUGGGGGUGGACAUCCCCAAUAUCUGCAGCAUCAUCCAUAUUAGGACCCCCGGACGUUACUGGAUUACGCGCAGGAGAGUGGCCGGGCUGGGUGAGAUGGACAGCGCAGUGAGGUAAUCAUUAUCCAGCCAGCUGGGUGGGAUGCCCCAGCUCCAUGGAUGGAGGGCGUCGCCCAUGAGGACUAGGAGCGGGUUGCUGAGUAUAUGGGGGUGGUGGAAGGCAUUAGGUGCCGCCGGGUCGU